AAAGAUAUACAUGUUUGAAGUCUUUGAGCUCUGCACAAUUGUCAGCAUGUCCGAAGAAGACGAAUAUCUCUCAGAAGAAUCUUAUGAGUUUGAGUUUGAAGAGGACGACGAGGAGAAUUCUGAGGCUCGACCAAUUGAAGAAGAUUCACCAGAGAAUCAAUAUUACUACGCCAAAGAUCUAAAAGAGGACUCACUAAAAGAAGCGGGUGUGAAAUUUACUAAGUUGAUUGCACUGUUAGAUGUCAACAGAGAUACUGAGUGGAUCUUUAAGUCAUACAAACAACUUGCAAAAAUUCAUUACCAGCAGCAGGAGUAUACCUCUGUGUUGGAAGAUGUUCGGAAAUUGAUGGUUGUUUUACCAGGUCUUAACGGGAACUAUGCAGAAGAAUCAGUCAGCAAGAUUUUGACUAGGUAUGCUGCCUCAUCCGAUCAUGUUUUUGUCAAAAACUUGUACGACGUAAUUGUGAACCAUCUUCAAGACUUUAUUUUGUCAGGCUCUUCGGGACAUAGACUUUGGCUCAAAAUUAAUGUUAACAGACUCAACAAUCUUCUUGAAAUCAAUGAUCUAGAGGCCUGUGAGCAACUUAUUGACUUAAUAAACGACAGAUUGGAAAAUGUUUCAGAGCUGACAAAAAACUCGUAUGCUUUGGAAAUUCUCGCGGCGGAGAUCAUAUUCACAAUGAAGACCACCAAAAGUGUUCUCCGUCUUGGUGAGCUCUAUAGUCGAUGCAUACAGGUUACACCUGCCAUCACACAUCCUCAAGUAAUGGGCGUAAUCAGGGAAUGUGGGGCCACUGUUCAAUUUUUCAAGGGAAAUUAUGAUAAAGCCCGCGUUGAUUUCUAUGAAAGCUUUAGAAAUUACGAUGAGGCUGGUUCCUCUUCCAAAAAAAGAGUGCUCAAAUACCUCAUGAUUUGUUGUCUCUUGGUUCAGAGUGAAGUGAGUCCUUUCGAAUCUCAAGAAACACAAUCUUAUGCACAGCUUUCAGAGUACAAAAAUCUUAUGGAUUUGGUCGAUGCGUAUGAAAAACUAGAUUUAAUGGAUUAUUUGGAGACGGUGAAUAGGAUGAAGCGAGAAAACGACCCUCUUGCUUCAGACACUUUAUUCAUGAACUCACAGGACGUCUUGAUCCACAACCUCAAAGUGAAUAUGCUAUUGAACUUUGCUAAGUCAUACGACGCUGUACAAUUUGAUUAUCUCAUCAAGAAAUUGUGCUUAGACGAUGAAGAUGAUCUUGAACAUUUACUUGUUGAGAUGGCGAACAAGGGUGUACUCUCUUGUAUGAAAAUCAAUUUCACAAAUCGAUAUGUCAACUUUAGCGCAAAGGAACAAGAGAAAGUUUUUCCUGCCGCCCUAAAUGAAGUGUAUUUGAAAAAUAAUGUCCGGACUCUUUACAUGCUCUCCUACAAAGGCCCAUGGAAUUUUGCAGGGGAAGAAUUAUCAGAUCUUGAAUCAAGCGAUGUUUACGACUCUGCAACACAACUACAUGCUCUCUUGAGAGAGGAGCAAAGUCCUCGCACUUGGAUGAAUGUUUCAAACAUCAUUGAGAUAAUAUUUGGCAAUAAUGCGCUCCAAGUAGACACAAAUUCAGAGCAAGGUGAAUGGCUCAAGUACAUGUGGAGCUCAAUUCCGAAGAAAAAAAUAGGCGUUUCCUCGCAGAAGGAUCGGGUCAUGUUUGAGAAACGCGAAGAGAGUGAGAAAAUUCUCGAACGAAGUCAAGAAAAUGAUGAGGCAGCUGCAAAUACAAAAAAAGGAAUUCUCGAAUCGGUCGUUAGUAUUGGGCUUGACAUACUGGAGGAGACCGAGCCUCAGAAAACUAAUCAUAAGUUAGACCUAAUGGAGCAAUGGGCGCAUCAACUUGGUGUGAAUAUUCGACUCGAAUAAGCCCUAGAUUCACUCGCUCUGGUUCAUGGAUUACUUAUAAGUAGUGCAGAUGCAAAAAACUAUAAAACCGCGGUUGAAAACCAACCCCGA